AUGCAGUCUCACGGUUUCCGCCUCAAGACAAUUGGCGUCAUUUUCUCAGAUCUCGCUGUUAGUGGUAUGGGUGGUGUAAAACUCCCGAUCCGUACAUAUCUGCAUGCUAUCAAGGAUCAUAUUUUCCUUCCAAUAACGAUGAUUACGAGUCGAUUUAAGAAGCCACCUCCUUCGAAGUUGAUCCUUUCUGGCUUCAACGGUUUCGUUCGUCCAGGAGAGAUGUGCCUUGUGCUAGGUCGGCCUAACGCAGGUUGCUCGACCUUCCUCAAGGUGAUUGCCAACCAACGAGGCGGUUUUGUGGAUGUGACUGGCACAGUUGAAUAUGGUGGGAUAGAGGCCGAAACGAUGGCCAAGCGCUACAAGGGAGAAGUUGUUUAUAAUCCUGAGGAUGAUGUACACCAUCCUACUCUUACAGUUGGACAGACCCUAGAUUUUGCUCUUUCAACAAAGACACCCGCAAAGAGGCUUCCAGACGAAACUAAAAAGAUUUUCAAAGCAAAAGUUCUCGAUUUGUUGCUUCGUAUGUUGGGCAUCUCCCACACCAAAGAUACAUACGUCGGAAACGAGUUCUUUCGUGGAGUAUCAGGUGGAGAGCGGAAGCGUGUAUCAAUUGCUGAAAUGAUGACUAAUCGCGCUUGCGUAUUAUCUUGGGACAACUCAACUCGUGGUCUUGACGCAUCUACUGCACUACAAUACGCUCGUUCGCUUAGGAUUUUGACCAACAUAUUCAAGACGACCAUGUUUGUAACAUUAUACCAAGCCGGUGAAGGCAUAUAUGAACAAUUCGACAAAGUGUGCCUCAUUAAUGAAGGUCGCCAAGUCUACUUCGGUCCCGCCUCUGAGGCUCGGGCUUACAUGAUGGGAUUAGGAUACAAGAAUCUACCUCGACAGACCACUGCUGAUUAUCUUACUGGCUGUACCGAUCCGAAUGAGAGACAGUUCGAAGAUGGUGUAGACCCAGCAAGAAUACCAAAGACACCUGUGGAGAUGGAGCAUGCUUAUCUCAAUAGUGAUCUUUGUCAACGAACUCGGGCGGAGAUGAUAGCCUACAGUGCACAAGUAAAGGGCGAAUCACGUGCGAGGGAAGAUUUUUUUCAAGAGGUAAAGGAUUCUCGGUAUAAAUACACCUCCAAGCGGUCACCUUGCAUAGUUCCAUUUUAUAGCCAGGUUUGGUUUUUGAUGGUUCGAGAAUUUAGACUGAAGUUGCAAGAUAGAUUGGCUUUGAUAUUGAGCUGGGCCACCACAAUAUUCAUCUCGAUCGUUGUUGGGAGUGUGUUUCUUGAUUUGCCUAAAUCUUCUGAAGGGGCGUUCACUAGGGGAGGAGUGAUGUUUUUGGCUUUGCUAUUUAGUAUGUUUAUUGCCUUGGCGGAACUUCCGGCCCAGAUGGUAGGUCGGCCAAUCAUUUGGAGACAGACCUCUUUUUGCUUUUAUCGUGGCGGUGCACUUGCUAUAGCCACUACUUUGUCCGAUAUCCCAUUCUCCGCCCCAAAGAUCCUUGCCCUCUGUAUAAUUCUAUACUUCUUGGCAGGUCUGGCUUUGAAUGCGGCGGCUUUUUUCACUUUCUAUUUCAUCAUCUAUCUCAUCUACCUCUCCCUCAGUGCCCUCUUCAGGUUCUUGGGGGCAACCGCGUCUAGUUUUGAUAGUGCAGCACGUAUGGCCAGUAUCAUGUUUAUGACUAUGGUCCUUUACAGUGGUUAUUUGAUACCUCGGCAGCAGAUGAAGCCUUGGUUGUUUUGGUUGUGGUAUAUCAAUCCGAUCAGCUACGCUUUUGAGGCGCUCAUGGGCAACGAGUUCGGUCGUUUUCAUAUGCCUUGUGAAGGAGACUCAGUAGUUCCGAACGGGCCAGGGUACCCUUCUUUCCUUGGAUCCAAUCAAGUUUGCAUCCUUCCUGGUUCACGACGAGGUUUCACUACAGUAACCGGAAAUCAUUACAUCCGCGCUGCAUACUCUUAUAAUUCCCGAAACAUCUGGAGGAACGUCGGAAUCGAGUGUGCAUACUUUGCUGCUUUUCUUUUCUUUUAUUUCUUGGCCAUGGAUAACAUGUCAUCAGCCUCAGGAAGUCCAUCGGUGAUCUUAUUUUCACAAGAAAACGGAGAGCGAAGAAAGUUGAAUGAGAGACUGGAAUCCAGAAAGCAAGAUUUCAGGAACGGAACAGCUCAACAAGAUUUGACUGGGCUUAUAACUACUCGGAAGCCCCUAACGUGGGAAGCAUUGACAUAUGACGUAAAGGUACCUGGUGGGACGAAUCGACUUCUGAAUGAAAUUUACGGUUAUGUAAAACCGGGAACUCUCACUGCAUUGAUGGGCGCGUCAGGUGCUGGAAAAACCACCUUGCUCGAUGUCUUGGCCAAUCGGAAAAGUACUGGUGUAGUUGGGGGUGACAUAUGUAUAUCAGGACGGGAACCAGGGUCAAACUUCCGACGCGGGACAGGAUAUUGCGAACAGCAAGAUGUACACGAGCCAACUGCGACAGUACGGGAGGCUUUCAGAUUCUCAGCUUAUCUGCGACAGCCUACACAUGUUUCAAUUGAAGACAAAAAUGCAUACGUCGAGGAGGUGAUCCAGCUGUUAGAACUUGAAGAUUUUGCAGAUGCCAUGAUUGGAUUCCCCGGUUUUGGAUUGGGAGUUGAGGGAAGAAAACGGGUGACAAUUGGUGUGGAGCUGGCUGCCAAACCACAAUUGUUACUUUUUCUCGAUGAACCUACCUCUGGGUUGGAUGGACAAAGUGCGUACAACAUUGUGCGAUUCCUGAAAAAGUUGGCGGCAGCCGGCCAAACCAUUCUGUGUACGAUACAUCAGCCCAAUGCACUUCUUUUCGAGAAUUUUGACCGGCUUCUGCUAUUGAAGAGGGGAGGCAGAUGUGUUUACUUUGGGGACAUCGGACAAGACUCGUAUAUACUGCGCUCAUACUUUGAAAAACAUGGAGCUCGAUGUCCCAGUGAUGCCAAUCCCGCGGAAUUCAUGUUAGAGGCGAUUGGUUCUGGAAACUCUCGCCCAAUGGGCGGUGAUAAGGAUUGGGCAGAUCGGUGGUUGGAAAGUGAGGAACACGCUGAAAACAAACAGGAGAUUGUACGUUUGAAACAAGAAUCGCUUUUAGAUCCGUCACAGCACUCCGAGGAAAAAGCUACAAAUUGUUCGUCUUUUUUUCUUCUUCUAAGGAUUGUGGCCAAGAGGACUAAUGUGGCCUUUUACCGAAAUGCUGCUUAUCAAUUAACAAGACUGUGCGAUCACCUUUUCAUUGGGUUUCUUGUCGGAAUCACCUUCCUCGAUCUGAGUGACACAGUCAGCACUAUGGCCUUACAAAACCGGGUCUUCGCAAUCUUCAUUUCUGGUUUCUUGCUUGCUUUUAUCGUCGUUCAAGUCGAGCCUAUGUUCAUCAUGGCUCGGACAAUCUUCCUUCGCGAGCUGGCAUCAAUGACAUAUACAGAGGAAGUGUUUGCCAUCAGCCAGUUUCUAGCGGAGAUUCCGAAUACAACUCUUUCGGCCGUAGCAUACUAUUGUUUAUGGUAUUUUUUGACAGGAUCUAACAAAACACCUAGCCGAGCUGGCUACGCAAUCCUAAUGAUUUGGCUUUUGGACAUUUUCGCCGUCAGUCUGGGGCAAGCAAUCGCAGCCUUGUCCCCGAGCAUCUUCAUCGCAAUGCAAGUCAAUCCAACGGUGGUUACAGUGUUGACCCUUUUCUGUGGUAUAAUCGUGCCACAGCCUCAGAUUAAAGCGUUUUGGCGGCAGUGGAUGUAUAACUUGGAUCCAUUUACCAGAUUGAUGUCAGGGCUAAUCGUCAAUGGACUUCAUGAUCUGCGUGUCACUUGCCGACCCGAAGAAUUCGCGCAGCUUCAACCGCCCCAUGGCCAUACAUGCGGUGCCUGGCUUUCUGACUUCAUUUCGAGAUUGGGUGGCUACGUACAAGAUGCGGAAGCGACGUCGGAUUGCAAUUAUUGUCGGUACGCUGUGGGGGAUGAUUAUUUCAAGCCUUUGAAUUAUUCGUACGCUAAUCGAUGGAGAGACUUGGGAAUCAUGGUUUCAUUUUGCUGCUUCAAUUUUCUCGUGACCGUUCUAGCAGCCAAAUUGUUAACCUCAAGAUACUCGCAUAGAUGA